AAUUUAAAAUUGAUUUAAACGGGAAAAAAUUUGCAUGGCAAGGAGUUGCUCUACUUCCAUUCAUUGAUGAAUCGCGUUUACUUAAAGCCAUAGAGUCGGUAUAUCCUCAAUUAAAUUCCGAUGAGAUUACAAGAAAUACUCGUGGAUCUGAUAUCCUUUGUUUUAGCAACAAACAUCAAUUAUAUAGUAACUUAUCUUCUAUAUACUCAAAACAGGACUCAGUAAAGCCUAUGCCAAUGGAUCCAACUAUUAGUGACAAACUGAUUGGAUUUGUCUCGAAAGAUCCAAAAUUUAUACCUGAAAGUACAUUUCGUUCACCUUUAAUUGAAAAAAAUAUGCCAGAUAUUACUGUUGAUAGAUCAUUGAGUGUAUUCUAUCACCUUCCAGCUAAAACAGCUAACAAUGCACAUAAAUCCAUCCUUUUACGAAACGUUAGGAUGGAUUCUCCAGUAUUGGGAUGGGAAGAUCAUGAAUGGAUAAGAAGCGUUAACUUAGUUAAUUUUUAA